AUUCCCCUGAACUCCAUGUACCAAAUCCAGUUCUUUCCCUCCCCUCAGGGCACCCCUCUCUGGGCUGGGUCAGCACUCCUGGGCUCCAGCAGCGCGGCCUCUACCUGGCUGUGUCCCAGUUGGCCCCUGGUCCGCCCUCCUGAUGCUUAAGGGAGGCCCACAGGGGGCAAGGGCCCGGUGGGAGGGCUUGGGGGUGGUCCCGGCCUCGGUGGGGAGGGCCGGCUGGGGGUGCGGAGUUAGGGUUGCUCGCCUGCGGAAGGCAGGGUGGGCUGCAGUGAUCCAAUGGUCUGGCUCAGUGCCCAUCCCCCGGGGACCCCAUAGUGGCCUUCCCACCCAGUUAGCCCAGUGGUGAGGAGCGGAAAGAACCGAGACUCAAAGCACAGGCUGGCGGGAAGUGCGUGGCGCCGCGACUCCGGGCCGCUGGGCGGCGCUGUGGGCCUGGCGGCGGAGCGGAAACUCUAGGCCCCAGGGAGCGCUGCGGGACGGGAGUAGGGAAACUGCGAGGGUGGCACCGGAAGUGGCGAGCAGUCUGCGCGCGGAUGGCGGCAGCGGCGAUGGCGGCAGCGGCAGGUGGAGGGGCUGGCGCGGCCCGCUCCCUCUCGCGCUUCCGAGGCUGCCUGGCUGGCGCGCUGCUCGGGGACUGCGUGGGCUCCUUCUACGAGGCCCACGACACCGUCGACCUGACGUCAGUCCUGCGUCAUGUCCAGAGCCUGGAGCCGGACCCCGGCACGCCCGGGAGUGAGCGGACAGAAGCCUUGUACUACACAGAUGACACAGCCAUGGCCAGGGCCCUGGUGCAGUCCCUGCUAGCCAAGGAGGCCUUUGACGAGGUGGACAUGGCUCACAGAUUUGCUCAGGAGUACAAGAAAGACCCUGACAGGGGCUAUGGUGCUGGAGUAGUCACUGUCUUCAAGAAGCUCCUGAACCCCAAAUGUCGCGAUGUCUUUGAGCCUGCCCGGGCCCAGUUUAAUGGGAAAGGCUCCUAUGGCAAUGGAGGUGCCAUGCGGGUGGCUGGCAUCUCCCUGGCCUAUAGCAGUGUCCAGGAUGUGCAGAAGUUUGCCCGGCUCUCGGCCCAGCUGACACAUGCCUCCUCCCUGGGUUACAAUGGCGCCAUCCUGCAGGCCCUGGCUGUGCACCUGGCCUUGCAGGGCGAGUCUUCCAGCGAGCACUUUCUCAAGCAACUCCUGGGCUACAUGGAGGAUCUGGAGGGUGAUGCCCAGUCCGUCUUGGAUGCCAGGGAGUUGGGCAUGGAGGAGCGUCCAUACUCCAGCCGCCUGAAGAAGAUUGGAGAGCUUCUAGACCAGGCAUCGGUGACCAGGGAGGAAGUGGUGUCUGAGCUAGGGAAUGGCAUUGCUGCCUUUGAGUCGGUACCCACCGCCAUCUACUGCUUCCUACGCUGCAUGGAGCCAGACCCUGAGAUCCCUUCUGCCUUCAAUAGCCUCCAAAGGACUCUCAUCUAUUCCAUCUCACUUGGUGGGGACACAGACACCAUUGCCACCAUGGCUGGGGCCAUUGCUGGUGCCUACUAUGGGAUGGAUCAGGUGCCAGAGAGCUGGCAGCAAAGCUGUGAAGGCUACGAGGAGACAGACAUCCUGGCCCAAAGCCUGCACCGUGUCUUCCAGAAGAGUUUAUGAGGGCUACAGCUGUUGGGGCUCUGCCAGGUCCCCUGGGACCAACUACAGCUCCAAUCAGAAACCCUGAGCUUCCUUGAGUGUGGCUUCCCACUUUUCCUGCAUUGUGGAGCUGACUGAGUACACCGGUGAGGCUGGGGUCUCUUCAGGGGAGGUCACUGGAACAGUGAGCAAGGGACUGGUGCCUCGCUGGUGCUGGGUCUCUGGUUUGCUGCAGAGCCGUAGGACACUCCUGGCUCCUCAGUAGGACAGACAGACGCAGGCGGGUUUAUUUUGGAGGGGUACUUGUGGCAUUUUCCUGUAUUGUCUUGGACAUGGGAUGUGGGGAGGUGGAAAUGAUGAGCAGUAGCAUCAUUUCUCCCUGCUGGGUUUUAGCCAGUUUGCCAGCAAGCGCAUCCUAGCAGGGUCCCCGAGCAGCAGGUUGUGUGGAUGAAGGGACAGGCACUUGCAUCCAGCUGAUCUAGGUCACACCUGGCUCUUGGCUGCCAUGUGGCUUAUUAACAGCUUCCAGUGGAAGUCGCAAUAAACAGUUUUUGGUAAAUCUCA